GCUUCUGGAAAACCCAAACAAAAGGAACGUCACAGGAUGACGUCAGCCUAUAUACAGUUGUAUGGUCGCAGCACAUAAGCAAUUGCAUUCCUGUACCGUAUUCCCUGAAAGCUUUCAGCAAAUGCAUUCAAGCGACUAUAGAAGCUUCUCACAGCAUUAAGCCACCCAUCUGCCAUCAACAAGUUAAAGACAAAAAAGCCAUAGCUGUAGAAAGAACUGCCAAUUAAACAGCUGUACACUAUAAAAACGGAGAACUUCAUUCAAACCUGAUUCAGGAAUUAUCGGAUCCCUUACUGAAAGUCAAGGAUAUGAAUUUAAAAGGAAUAUCUGAGAGAAGGGAUGUAAAAUCAUUUUUACUCUAAUAUCGGAGGAUGGUAGAAAACAGUACAUUAUUCAAAGGUUGUCUACAUUAGAGCUUUUUACAGACUCACUGUGCUGAGUCUAAUACUACGACUGAAUGCAACCUCCAAUGUCCUCAAAAGAAUGGGCUUACAUUUCAAGUGGCCAUUAGGGGCUCCUAUGCUGGCAGCAAUAUAUGCAAUGAGUAUUGUUUUUAAAAUGCUGCCUGCCUUGGGCACGGCUUGUCCGCCAAAAUGCCGUUGUGAGAAGCUGCUCUUUUACUGUGACUCUCAGGGGUUUCACUCAGUGCCAAACACCACUGACAAGGGCUGUCUAGGGUUGUCAUUGAGGCACAAUUUUAUUAUGGAACUUGAAGGGGAUCAGUUUGCAAGCUUCAGUCAACUUACUUGGCUUCAUUUAGAUCAUAAUCAAAUUGAUACAGUAAGAGAAGAUGCUUUUCAAGGACUGUAUAAACUCAAGGAGUUAAUUUUAAGUUCAAACAAAAUCUCUUAUUUGCCAAACGCAACUUUUAGUCAACUGCUUAACCUGCAACAUUUGGACCUCUCUUUCAAUCAGUUAUCUGCUUUGCAUCCUGAGCUGUUCUAUGGCCUUCGCAAACUGCAAACCUUGAGUUUACGUUCCAAUUCCCUGAGGACUAUGCCAGUCCGCCUCUUUUCAGACUGUCGUAGUUUGGAUUUUUUGGAUUUGAGCACAAAUCGCUUGCGAAGUUUGGCACGCAAUGGAUUUGCAGGAUUAAUCAAACUGAGGGAGCUUCACCUAGAGCACAACCAGCUGACAAAGAUUAAUUUUGCUCAUUUCCUACGGCUAAGCAAUCUGCACAUGCUCUUCUUGCAGGGGAAUAAAAUUAACAACUUGACAUGCGGGAUGGAAUGGACCUGGGGCACCUUAGAAAAGCUAGAUUUGACUGGAAAUGAGAUCAAAGCCAUUGACAUGACAGUUUUUGGAACAAUGCCUAACCUUAAAGUACUUCUAAUGGAUAACAACAAGCUAACCACCCUGGACUCCAAGGUUUUAUACUCACUUACAGACUUAACUACCGUGGGCCUUUCCAACAAUCCCUGGGAAUGCAGCCCCAAAAUAUGUUCAUUAGCCACAUGGCUGAGUGGUUUCCAAGGUCGGUGGGAGCAUUCCAUACUUUGUCAUACUCCAAACCACACCCAGGGAGAGGAUAUUCUAGAUGCAGUUUAUGGUUUUCAGCUUUGCUGGAAUUUAUCAAGUGUUGUUACAUCCACUGCUACAAGUUACAGAGCUCCAACAACUGAAUACACAAAAAGAAUAAGCUCCUCAAAUUUCCAUGUGGGAGACAAAGAAAUUUCAACUACUACAGGCAUAGCCAUUACCACAGAAGAGCAGUUAACUGAACCAAACAAUGCCAUCUUCACCCAGCAGGUAAUUACAGGAACAAUGGCUUUAUUAUUUUCUUUCUUUUUUAUCAUUUUUGUAGUGUUCAUCUCCAGGAAAUGCUGCCCUCCCACACUAAGAAAAAUUAGGCAGUGCUCAAUGAUUCAAAGCCACAGGCAACUACGAUCUCAAACACGACUACAUAUGUCAAACAUGUCAGACCAAGGACCAUAUAAUGAAUAUGAACCCACCCAUGAAGGACCCUUCAUCAUCAUUAAUGGCUAUGGACAGUGCAAAUGUCAGCAGCUGCCAUAUAAAGAAUGUGAAGUGUAAUAUCUACAGGUAAUGAAAAAAGCAGAUACUUCAUUUUAAAUUGCAGGGACCCUGUACACGAAUCUGAUUUUUACAAACGUUGACAAAGCCUAAAUUUUUUCCAGACUACUUGAUUGUUUUGAGUAAUGCAGUAUAAUAUUUUCAUAAACCCAUAAUAUGUUCAGUGUUAAAGAAGCAAUGUUUGCAUUAAAAUUUACAUUCCUGAUGUUUGGAAGUCUAAA